GCGCAUGCGCAACGGCCAAAGGGCUACAAGAUGCGGAAGAACCGGACCUGUGGAGGCUCCCGUCUGUGAAGCGUGGGAGGCGAAAGAAGCAGCAGGUCUCCAAAUGGCUCAGGAAAAAAUGGAACUGGAUUUUGAGGGUGAAACAUCAGAUGGGGGCACCCUGAGACGGUCCAACAGUGCUCCCCUGGACCAUGUGUUCAGUGACCUUUCACAGGUUUUUGAGCCAUAUCCACUUAGAACUUGGAACAGUACAACAUUUAUGAACCAUCAUAGCUUGGAAGAAGGCCUGGAUAUGAUGAACAGAGAAACUUCAGAUGAAAGGGAAGCACCAUCAGGGAUGCAGAUAAGCCAGUUUUGGGAUGAAAGCUUAAGCCUGAGUGACAGUGAUUUUGACAAGCCAGAGAUACUAUAUUCUCCAAAGAGGAUUGGCUCCAUUCCAGUUUGUCCAGCACCUUCGCCAACCAGAGGAUUUGGAAAGCAGUGCCUUUUGCCCUCUUUGCAAAUGUUUGUGAGUAGCAGUGGUAUGCCAUCAAGUCCUGUUCCGGAUCCGAGACACUUUUCAAGCAGGAGGAGUCAGAGUCUAGUCAAGUGCAUUAGGCCCAGUGUUCUUGGUCCUCUUAAGAGAAAAGUGGAAAUGGAGACAGAAAGCCAGCCUAAGAGACUCUUCCAAGGCUCCACCAACAUGCUGUCUACAGAUGCUGCCCAAUUGUCUGAUCUCAGUUCAUGGUGGUGUUAUCAAGGAGAAGAAAUUCUUGCCUUGACCAGAUAUGUGGAACAUCUGCAAAUGAACGAAUACUUAUUUACACAAACCACUGUACAAAAGCAAGCGUUCAUGAAGCUGUCAAUGUCUCGGAUAGUAUUAUGAGGCCUUAGAUGCCUUGGCGUACAUUGCUGUCCUAUAGGGGAUAUGUAUCAUAGGGUCUUUUGGAAGUGGAUGCUUUCUGUAUGUGAGUGCUAUUUUGUUGGAUUUUUUUUCUGAUUCCUUUUUGUCAUUGAGUUUGUUUUGUCAUGUAGUGACCUGGUAUUUUUGAUUAUUGUGUUGUGCUAGAGUCAGAACCCAGUUCUUGUUCUUGUUGCCUUAUAGAGGGCAGUGUAAUAUCCGUAAGGAAGCUUUGAGGAGCUGAAAAGUUCAAUGCUACUGUGCCCUCUGCUUCCAGAAGUCUUCUGAACUCUAUGCAGUGUAUAUGCAGUGAGACGUAAAAUAUGCUGUCAUUUUUACAAGUGGAAACUCCUGACUAAGAUAUUUAAGAAAUCCAAGAAUGAUGCAUUGUUACAUUAUUUAUUAUUUAUUACACUACGUAGACUGUCUGUGUUGUUAUCUUCCUUUUAAUGUUCAACAUGGUAGAUGGACUAUUUGUUUUUAUAUUCACAUUUAAGUGGAUGUAAGGAACAAGCAGAAAAUGAUUAAACUUAAGUCUUUUGAAAUCUAAAAUCCUUGGAGGUGGUUUGAAGGAAUCUUCAGGCUAGAAGUUGGUGAGCUUGAAGCAAAACCUCUCUUCUAAUCAUUAGAGAGCAUCACUUAGCUUGCAGCAGUGAUUAUAGAAUUAGGCCUGUUCUCAAGUUAACAUUGUAAUCACUGUCACAACAGCUAUUACUGGCUUUAGUUCCCAUGUUGCUUUAGCUGUGAAAAGCUCAUAAUCCUUCAAACCUAAUGUAAAUGUACUGUUAUAAGAAUCGCCCACUUGUGUGCUGUUUUAAAGAAACAUUUCUUUGAUAGCACUUGGUAUAUCCACUCUGUUAAUGAAAAACAUUCAACAGCUUUUGCUUUCAAAAUAAUAAGAGAUGAGUUUGUCUUUCAAGAAACUGGUUUGCCUUCAUUCUUCUGUCUUAUUUGCCUUAAAGGAACUCUUUUCAGUUCAAAUUUUGUGUCCAAAUUUAGGGCUUUUAAGAAGUAACCUUUGAAAUGUGAUAUUUAAAGUUAUAUUAAAAAUUCAGUGGCAGUGUAAAACCAGAGCAGCAAAUUGAAAUGGUGUGAUGAGAUCAAAGGGUCAGGAAGAUUCACUUUACAGUUUUAAGCCAACUUUUAUCAACGAAUUUAAUGUUUUAAAUUUGUUCUUUUGCAGAUUUUACACAUGUAUAUAAUUCAUUCUGAUUAUUCUCAUUCUUCACCCUCUCACAUAUCUCUCCCACCUCUGUCAAUCCCCACUUCUUCCUAUGAUUUUUUUUCUUUGCCACAUUAUUGUCUUUUCCUUUGUAAACUAUCCUUUUGUUAUUGUUGCCCCACAUAUUGUUUAAAUGGACUAGAAAGCUAAGUUUGGGCAGGGAUUGUUUUGAAAUAAAAGAUAGGUAAAAUGCUAAUCCACAGAGCAGCUUUGUUGACAGUACCCAUUUAUUUUUAUAUAAAGUCUAAUAUUUGAAAUGUAGUUGUUGUUAUAAACUAAAUUUCUUUCUUCCUAUUCUCAUAUUAUAUCAUAUAUUUUAAGCUUCUAUUUGAAAACUAGUACAAGAAAUGAAACCAUAAUAAAAUCCUAUAGAUCCUGGUUUUGCUUGACCGACUUAUAAACCACUGUUUUAUGAUAACUGCUUUUGGAAUAAUAGAAAGUUUUGUGAAAUGUUGACCUAGUGUCUAUCUUAAGAAUGUGAAUUUAAUAAAGUAUAUAUACAUGUUUAAAAAGACAA